AUAAACCUCUUUCUCUUGAAACCUCAAAAGCCCUAACAACUACAGAAGCGACCGUAUAAACAUACAAACUCAAAAGUCUUUUCGUGCUUUCAAUCCUAAACUCCAACCGUGUGAAAUACUCAAUCUUCGUCUCUGAACACAGAGUGAAAGUAGGAAAGAUCCCAAAACAGUGGUUACAAACGACAACUCAACAAUGGAAGAAAGCAGAGUGAUACCAGACUCGGUUAUGGAUUCGGUGAAGAAAACGUCUUUUAAUGUGGAACAAGUGAGAACCCAUUUGCUUCAACUCCUGUCUCUAUCUGACCCAGAUGUCCUGGCUGAGAUGCCCCCACUCGAACGGGCUCAGUUGCUCUUCUUGCUCGCUAAAGCCACCACCAUCCUCUACACUUUGAGGUUGAGAUGCAGUGGAGUUCACCCAGAUGAUCAUUCUGUUAAAUCCGAGCUUGAGAGAGUAAGCUUGUAUCAGGACAAACUUACCCGGUUCAUAGAUUUAAGUAAAGCACCAUUGCGACCUUCUACUACCUUAAAUUAUCAGGCAGCGACCCGUUUCAUUGAGCAUUCUUUGCCUGAUCUGACCCCAGAACAGAGGAAAAACAUGAAGGAUAUCAGUAGAGGAGAAGGUACUAGGAUCAAAUAUACAGAGAGAAGUGUCCAAAAGAAGAGGAAAUAUCAAUCAUCUGAAACAAAAAAUGUUCAGGCUGCUGCCAAGGAAUUUCUUGAGAAAGCAGCCCGUGAGCUUCUUGGCGAUAGUAAAGAUGGUCUUCAGGGACCUCUACAAGCUGAUGUCCCUGAUGGAGAUGAAAACCCAAUGGGGUGAUUCCCCCAUAUUAUCCUGGUUUUGCAGAGACUAUGGUGUUUUACAGGUUUUGCACAGACAUGUUAUGGUGUUUUACAGGUUUUGGAAUCAUAAAAUGCCACCAACUCUUCUCUCUUCCUUCACUUGACAUUUGGAAAAUAAUAAAUUUACUGCUGGUCUUGAGAACUGGGUGACUUGACAUUUGGUCAAGGAGAUGAUGUUAUUUUUU